UUGCCCUCAGGUAACGUGUUCGUGAUCGCCGCCAUUCUGCUGGAGCGCAACCUGCAGUCCGUGGCCAACUACCUUAUCCUGAGCCUGGCCGUGGCCGACCUGCUGGUGGCGGCCCUGGUCAUGCCGCUGGGGGCCGUGUACGAGGUCAGCAAGGAGUGGACGCUGGGCCCGGAGUUGUGCGACAUGUGGACAGCUUCUGACGUCCUCUGCUGCACCGCCUCCAUCCUGCACCUGGUGGCCAUAGCUCUGGACAGGUUCUGGGCCGUCACGCAGGUGGACUACAUCCACCACCGGUCGCCGCGCCGCAUCGGCACCAUGAUCGGCGUCAUCUGGGUGGUGUCGUUCCUGGUGUCGGCGGCGCCCAUGAUGGGCUGGAAGGACCCGGACUGGCACGAGCGGCUCAGGAACAAGAUGUGCAUCAUCUCGCAGGCGCUCGGCUACCAGAUCUUCGCCACCGUCACGUCCUUCUACCUGCCGCUGGCCGUCAUCCUCAUCCUGUACUACCGCGUCUACCAGGCCGCCAGGAAGCGCAUCAGACGCAGGAUCGGCACCAACGCCGCCGCGCUGUGCCGCGGACCUGUCACGAUCAGCGAGACCACCACCUUCACGCGCAUGUCCUCUCAGCCCUCACCCGAGAAGACCUCCAACGGCAGCACGCUGAACGGCCACCCCACCGACACGCAGGAGUCUGCGCCCGCCGUGGUGACCGCCAGCGCCGUAGCCUCGCAGGUGGUGCCGCGACACCUGCGGCGGCGCGAGGCGGAGUCGCGGAAGGAGCGCAAGGCGGCCAAGACGCUGGCCAUCAUCACGGGGGCCUUUGUGGUGUGUUGGCUGCCCUUCUUCACGCUGGCCGUGCUCAUGCCCCUCUGUACCCGAGCCUGCACUUUCAACCCGUACCUCAUCGCCACCUUUCUCUGGCUCGGCUACUUCAACUCCACCCUCAACCCCAUCAUCUACACCGUCUUCAGCCCAGAGUUCCGCAACGCCUUCAAGCGGAUCCUACUGGGCCGCCGCCGCUCCCUCCGCCGCCAGUCCUCCCGCUUCUCCACUCGCCUCGCCCGUUCCUAGCAGAGCGAGGUGCCUGAGGGGGUCGCUAGGCGGCACGGCAGGGGGCGGGCCCCUUGCCAGGCCGCCACGCUGGGCCUGGCCGCGGCGACACACCUGGCCACGCUGCCGCCCAUCACAGAGUCCACCCUGUGAGGCGCCAGCCGCCCGCCCCCUCCCCCGAGGCACCACCACCAGCACCUUCUGCACCACCACCACCACCUCCAUCACCUCCACCUGUGUACAACCCUCCGUGUGUGUAUGUGUUCGGUGUUUGUGUGUGUGUGUGUGUGCGUGUGUGUGUGUGUGUCUGUGUGUGUGUGUCUGUGUGUGUGUGUGUGUGUGUGUGUGUGCAUCUCGCGCGCGUCUCGGUGUUGCUGUACCCCAUCACCCUUCACAACACCAACACCAGACGCCCGCACGGCGAGACAAUCAGUGUGUUUUCUUUUCUCGUUCUAAACUCUCCCUCCUCGCUCUCCUUCCCUUUCCCUCUUUCCGCUUCCCCUACCUGUUUCCCAUCCAUUUCAACUUACCUUUUCCCCUCCCUCCCACUCUCCCUCACCCCUCUUAUAUCACCUCCAGGAAAACUCGUUCCACUUUCCUCGCAUGACUGAGCGAAACACAUGUGCCAUUAAGUCAUAUCUCCUCUCCCUCCUCCUCCUCCUUCUUCUCCUCCUCCUCCUCCUCCUCCUUCCUGAUCCAUUAACCUACACCUACUUGACUAGAGAAAACUUUUUUUUUAUCUCUUCUCUCACUCGUGUAUUCGUUGUAUUCGUUCCCUCAAAAUCGAGCUGUGUGUGUGUGUGUGUGUGUGUGUGUGUGUGUGUGUGUGUGUGUGUGUGUGUGUGUGUGUGUGUGUGUGUGUGUGUAUCCAUGUCUCCACCAAGCAUUGUGUACGAUGUGUCUGCGCCUUUUCACACACAACUAAUGAUACACUUCAUAAUAAUAAUAACAAUAGUAAUAAUAAUAACGUCAUUAAGAGUAAUACAAGUAUUUCUAAUAAUAACUAAUAAUAAUAUAAAUAAUAAUACUAUCUAUGGACGUGCGUAGUGGCGUAGAUUGUGUAUACAUACUUAUAGCUGUGCCCACAAGUGAUAUCCAGGUGUACACAAACAUAAAAGAAGAAAUAUAUAUAUACAUACAUGUAUUUUACUAACAUACAUACACAUUAUACGUACCGACAGAAGUCCGUUAAUAGAUUCGUAUAUGUAUUUUAUUAACACAUAAACAUACAUACCAGCAAGGCCGUGUAUAUAUAGCUGUGUACGUUUUUAUUUUCUGGCCUAUGUGUAUAUUUGUGUACGUCGCUUUGGCAGCCGUGACGUAUUGCUAGGUGAACGCAUACUCUCGCGGCCGCCAACGUGACCCUCGACUAGGAAUGUAACUAAUGACCGAAGCUGAGCCCCCUUCUUCGUGUUAUUACUACCAUUACGCCGUGUGCCGCGCGUGGACGGAAGACACUUAUUAAAUAUAUUGUUACUCUACC